UCAAGCAAGGCACUUCCACAUUUUUCGAAAACAUUUCAUUCUCCGACAGUCUCUCUUUCUCUCUUACAUCUCCUCUUACAUUACUGAAACUUUUCCAUUUCCAGCAAUCUUUUUUUUUGGUCGAAUUCUAAUCUCAUAAAAGAAAACCAUGAACGUUGAUUAUGGUCAUCGCCCUCAGCAGUGGUCGCGUGGUCUUUGUCACUGUGGAGAAAAUAUUUGUAAAUGUUGCAUCACAUGGUGUCUCCCAUGCAUCACCUUCGGCCAAAACGCAGAAAUUGUAGACGAAGGACGAAGUUCUUGCCUUUCCCAUUGCAUAUUGUACUGGUUGUUGUGGAUGAUUCACUGCCAGUGGGUCUACUCGUGCGUGUAUAGACAGAGAUUGCGCCAAAAUUUUGGUCUGCCGGAGGAGCCUUGUGGUGAUUGUUGUGUUCAUUUCUUCUGUGGACCGUGUGCCCUCUGCCAAGAACAUGCUGAGCUCAAAUCUAGAGGCUUCAACCCCUCCAAAGGUUGGAUUGGGCCACCAACUGCUGCUCCACAGGUGCCUUCUUCCAUGAACAAAUGAUCGCCAAUAUACUUGGCAGACAAUUAAUGUUGUGUUUGUCUUCUCCAUGUCUUUUUUGCUUUUGUUUGAUGGAAUUUGCUUUGUGUUGUAUGAAUAUAUAUUGAUGUUGAUAAAGUGCCUGUAUAAGCGAGGAUGUUCCAGAUCCAACGUAUUGUAAUGAAUGUGCCGUUGUUUGUUUUGUGUUCU